AUUUUAUUUACCAAAACAUUAACGACAAUACAACAGACUACUUGGUACUGGAACCACGACCACGAUGCUAACUUAGGUUUUGCAGGCUUUUUCAUUAUGGACAAACCAACACGUUUUCACAUGUAAAGAAAAAGAUGAGUGAUCAGGGGAAAGGCAAACCCACAUUGCCAUUUGGUUGGGUUGUUCGUCAGUCUUCCUCUUUCCCUGAUCGAGUUUACUACUUCAACGUGCAUACUGGUGCUACAACAUGGGAAAUGCCAGAUCUUCUGAAGGAUCUGAAGCCUGGGCUGAAUCCAAGUGCUCACGGUACAAGCAAAAGACCCGAAGAUGUCAAACAUGGCCACAGAAAACUAGAUGUAAACCACCACAAAACUACUAGUGUUAAACAGCAAGGUUCUGGUGUGAAACAACAUGUUCCUAGUGUAAGUCGACCAGUUCCCAGUGUCAGCCAUCCAAAUCCUGGUGUGAGCCAACCUGUUCCUGCUCUGAACCAUCCGAUUCCUGGAGGAAGUCAGUUUCAUCCUAUUGAAGCAAAAUUUUCACCAGAGUUUUCUGAUGAUGAUGAUAGUUUUGACCUUUCUUUGGAACCAAAUAAUGUUGAUCCUGCAUCUGUACCCCGUAAUUAUUACAAUCAACAAGCCCAUCAGACUAAACACCAAUUUUCUUUUCUCAAUACUACAAAGCAAAUUAUUCCUACAGUGUCAAAUGAACUACCUAAACCAUUUGGUUAUGGCAAGCCUAGUCAUUUAGUCAGCAGCUUUGAAAAGAAAGUCCAGGGAACGGGAUCAUCAGCAGCCAGUGUAAGAAGCACUAGUAGUAGUAUAGAAAAUGCUAACAGACUUUACAAAGGACAGAAAACCAUGGGUCAUGAACCUAGGAAAUUCACCAACAAAAAAAGCCAAAUUGUUAUCAAACAGCAAUACUCCAGGAAUUGGUUCUAGAUAUGUUCUUGGUUCAAAAGACAAUAUCAGUUCUAAAUACUCAGAACUAGGUACGAAACAACUUCCAAAUCCCCCAGACAUUUUAGUUGGAACAGAAAUAUAUGACUUGCCAAGUGGCCAUGAAGAAAGAAAUAGUGGUAAAGUGAUUCUUGGCCAGAAAAGGAGCGUUAAGGAUAGACUGGGUUGGUCAUAUUGUUCUACAAGUUUAAGAGCAGAUGACAGCAGAAAGAUUGAUAAAAGAAAAGUGUGCUAUUCACCGAAAGACACUGUGAUUAAAAAUGAUACAAAAACAAUUAAACCUGAAAUAGAAAGCACUAAAACAAGAGUAAAAAAGAAAGCAGUUGGCAAACACAAAGUGAAAAAAGACGGAAAAAAAAGUGGUGAUGUGAGAAAAGUGAUAUCAUCGUCUGAUACUAGUCAAAGUUCAUUACCGUUAGGUGAUUUUCAGGAUGCUGUGUCUGCUACUAGAGACAGAUUUCCAAGUGGGAGUAUGCAUGCCUCCGAGGUACAUACACCUAUCAAAAGACACCUGACAGAUCCGGAGAAACUCCGCAGCAUCCAGUCCUGGAUAGAUCACUGUGAAUUAGAAGAUGAUCUAUCCGACAAGUCAAGUGAAAUCCUUGUACCGUGUUGGAACUUCUCCUCACCUGAUCACGAUUCUGGUAUGGGAAGUCUAGUGCAGAGAAAUCCUCCUGAUAGCCGACGGGUAGUUGUGGCAAACGACAAAUUAUCUGUAUCUACAACAGGUGAUAGUGGUCUGCAGCCAUCAGGCGGGGAAUCACGGAGAGAUUCUGGUGCCAUUCUCAAAAACAAAUCCUGGAAAGGUGUACAUGCCAAACCUGCUCCUGUGGCUCAUCGUAAUGUGACAAGCAUGGACAUCGACGAGUGGCAGGCAGAACCAGCAGCCAUGGAUAACCGCCAGAUUGAGGGAAUGGACGUCUCCGAAAUAGCAUUGAAAGAGGUUCGGGAACAAUUACAAAAACAAAUUCCAACUGAGGUCACUGGUUCCCUCACAGAGCGUGUGUCAGCAUCCGACAGCCAAUCAAGUCUUGCCAAUCUGCACCAUGUGCAGAAGCUGUUGAUAGUGGUUGAUACCAACGUUUUGAUAGAAAACCUCAGCUUCGUAGAGGAACUCAGGGACCAAGAAUUUAAAGAACUUUCAAAACCACUGCUUGUGAUUCCAUGGGUCGUGAUGCAAGAAUUGGAUGCUCUGAAAAACAGCAAGAACAAUUUUUCACUAUCCACUGCCAGGAAAGCCAGAGGUCCAGUAAAUUUUCUAUUCCAAUCCUUCAAAAUCCAACACCCUCGGGUCAUAGGCCAGACUCCAGACGAGGCUAAACAGGCAUUAAAGGAGUUUAAACCAGAGUGUAACGAUGAUCGUAUUCUCCACUGCUGUCUCCAGUGCAAAAAGAGAAAUCCUGAAUCACAUGUGAUUCUCUUGUCCAAUGACAAAAACUUGUGCUCCAAAGCUACCAUACUGAAGGUGAAAGCUUGCUCGAGACAGACAGUGAUCGCGGGCAUUGAUGCACAAUCCAGGCUUCUGUCCAGUGAUGAAGGUUCUGCAGGUCCAGAGAUCCAUCUCACACCAUCCAAGAAUCCUCGCAUAUCUCCAAUCAGAUCCCCAACUGGAACACCUGGAUCUUCCAAAACACUUAACAAACCUGAAGAGAAAGUCUAGUGAUGUGG